AUGGGGGCCACACAUUCUUUCGUAGCACACAACUUCGUACCUUAUGUCAGUGUGAGACCGACACCCAUGACAGGAAGCUUUAGUAUUUCUCUACCCACGGGGGAAGUCUUGUAUGCGGACCGAGUAUUCAGAGAAUGUUAUGUUCAAGUAGAUGAUGCAUGGUUGGAAGCCGAUUUGAUUCCCUUAGAUUUGGUGGAUUUGGAUAUUAUUUUAGGGAUGGAUUGGCUAGAGAAGCAUCAUGCGUCCGUGGAUUGUUUCCGGAAGGAAGUGACACUCCGGAGUCCAGGACAACCCAAAGUGAUAUUCCGGGGAGAACGUAGAAUCCUCCCUACUUGCCUUAUCUCUGCUAUUACAGCUAAAAGGUUACUCCAGAAAGGGUGUGAAGGAUUCUUAGCUCAUAUCAUCGACACUCGAGAGAUCACCUUGAAUCUGGAAGAUAUUCCCGUUGUUAGUGAGUUUCCCGAUGUCUUUCCAGAUGAUCUUCCUGGGUUACCUCCUGAAAGGGAAAUCGAGUUUACUAUUGAACUCCUUCCAGGCACCAAUCCUAUCUAUCUAACUCCUUAUAGGAUGGCACCAGCCGAACUUCGGGAGUUGAAGACUCAGUUGCAGGAAUUAGUGGAUAUGGGUUUCAUCCGACCUAGUGUUUCCCCAUGGGGUGCACCGGUGUUGUUUGUGAGGAAGAAGGAUGGGACCAUGAGGUUAUGUAUUGAUUACCGGCAGUUGAAUAAGGUGACAGUACGUAACCGGUAUCCUUUGCCUCGGAUUGAUGAUUUGUUCGAUCAGUUGAAAGAUGCCAAGUAUUUCUCUAAGAUUGAUCUGAGAUCAGGGUACCAUCAAUUGAGGAUUAGAGAAGAGGAUGUUCCUAAGACCGCAUUCAGAACGCGGUAUGGUCAUUAUGAAUUUCUGGUGAUGCCGUUUGGACUGACGAAUGCUCCAGCAGCGUUUAUGGAUCUCAUGAACAGAGUGUUCCGACCAUACUUGGAUCACUUUGUGAUUGUGUUCAUAGAUGAUAUCUUGGUUUACUCCAAGACUUUGGAAGGGCAUAAGAAGCAUCUAAGAUUGGUAUUAAGGACUUUAAGGAGGAAGCAGCUUUAUGCCAAAUUUAGCAAGUGUCAGUUUUGGCUUGAUAGAGUGGUAUUCCUUGGACAUGUAAUCUCAACGGAAGGGAUUUAUGUGGAUCCGCAGAAAGUUGAGGCUAUUGUGAAUUGGGUGCAACCCACAAGUGUGACGGAAGUACGGAGUUUUCUGGGGUUAGCAGGUUACUAUCGUCGAUUUGUGGAAGGGUUCUCUUCGAUAGCAACACCUCUCACGAGGUUGACAAGGAAAGAUGUUGCAUAUGAGUGGACGGAGGAAUGCGAACAGAGUUUUCAGGAGUUGAAGAAGCGGUUGACCACCGCACCUGUUUUGGCUCUUCCUGAUAACUCAGGGGGCUUUGUGAUCUACAGUGAUGCAUCUUUGCAAGGAUUGGGAUGUGUUCUGAUGCAACAUGAUCGGGUGAUUGCUUAUGCCUCGAGGCAACUCAAGAAGCAUGAGCGGAAUUAUCCAGUUCAUGAUUUGGAACUUGCUGCAGUGGUGUUUGCUUUGAAGAUUUGGCGGCACUACUUGUAUGGUGAGACGUGUCAGAUUUUCACUGAUCACAAAAGCCUCAAGUAUUUCUUUACCCAGAAGGAGCUGAAUAUGAGAAAACGGCGUUGGCUGGAAUUGAUCAAAGACUAUGAUUGCACGAUUGAGUAUCACCCAGGCCGAGCUAAUGUGGUUGCAGAUGCAUUGAGUAGAAAGACCACUGCGAACUUAGCUCACAUCAGGACGGCCUAUCUUCCGUUGUUAGUGGAACUACGGAAGGAUGGAGUAGAAAUGGAGAUGACUCAACAAGGUGGAAUCCUUGCUAGCUUGCAUGUGAGACCCAUUAUGGUGGAGCGGGUAAUUGCAAGCCAGUUGGAAGAUCCUACACUCUGUAGGAUAAGGGGAGAAGUAGAAAAUGGAACACGGAAGGAUUAUGCUAUAAGGGGAGACGGAGCCUUGGUAAAAGGAGCUCGUCUAUGUGUACCUAGUAAGAAUGCUGAAUUGAAAAGAGAAAUCAUGGAGGAAGCUCACUGUUCCACUUACACUAUGCAUCCGGGUAGUACGAAGAUGUAUCGGACGCUACGGGCAUAUUACUCAUGGCCGCAUAUGAAGGGAGACAUUGCCAAAUAUGUGAGUAGAUGUUUGAUUUGUCAACAAGUGAAGGCGGAGCGACAGAAGCCAUCGGGACUCAUGCAACCACUUCCGAUUCCUGAAUGGAAGUGGGAGCGUAUUGCCAUGGAUUUUGUUUUCAAGCUUCCACGUACUUCAAAGGGUCAUGAUGGAAUUUGGGUGAUAGUGGAUAGACUCACCAAGUCUGCCCAUUUUCUACCCAUUAAGGAGACCUAUCCUUUGACAAGGUUGGCAAAACUUUUUGUGGAUGAGAUUGUGAGAUUGCAUGGAGCACCUGUGUCCAUUGUAUCGGACAGGGAUCCUAGGUUCACUUCUCGAUUUUGGAGGUGUUUACAAGAAGCUAUGGGUACUAGAUUGCAGUUCAGUACCGCUUUUCACCCACAAACCGAUGGGCAAUCGGAAAGGACUAUCCAGACUCUGGAGGACAUGUUGAGGUCCUGUGUGUUACAGUUUAAAGAUGCAUGGGAUGUUCACCUUGCCUUGGUGGAGUUUGCUUAUAAUAACAGUUAUCAUUCAAGUAUUGGGAUGGCUCCUUAUGAGGCGUUGUAUGGGAGGCAAUGCAGGACUCCCAUUUGUUGGAAUGAAGUGGGUGACAAGAAACUGGAAAAAGUGGAUAGUAUCCGAGCAACAAAUGAGAAGGUGAAGAUGAUAAAGGAGAAGUUGAAAACUGCACAAGACCGACAGAAGAGUUAUGCAGAUAACAGGUCUAAGGAUCUUGAGUUUGCAGUUGGGGAUUGGGUGUUCUUGAAAUUAUCUCCUUGGAAGGGUGUGAUGAGAUUUGGGAAACGUGGGAAGUUAAGCCCUCGUUACAUUGGACCUUAUGAGAUUACGGAGCGAAUUGGACCUGUUGCAUAUAGACUUGCAUUACCCCCAGAACUAUCUCGAGUACAUGAUGUGUUUCAUGUAUCCAUGCUCCGGAAAUACAUGCCAGACCCUUCUCAUGUAUUAGAAUAUCAACCUGUGGAGUUAGAAGAAGAUUUAUCGUAUGAAGAGCAACCAGUACAGAUCUUGGAUAGGAAAGAACAAAGGUUGCGUUCUAGAUCCAUCCCGGUAGUGAAAGUUCUGUGGAGAAGCCAAACUGUUGAAGAAGCUACUUGGGAACCCGAGGAGCAAAUGCGGGCCAAGUACCCUUAUCUCUUCCAUUGA